AUGACACAAACAGUUGUUGAAACAGAUGCAGCACAGUCGCCCAAAGACUUUCACAUAUUUGGGUGCGGGAUAUCGUUCAGUGUGUCUCCCACCAUUCACAAUGCUGGAUUUCGCCACCUCAAUGUUCCAUACAACUAUGAUAUUCAAGAAUCAGCGAGCAUUGAUGAUGUUGCCGGUUUGAUCGCCAAUGAACGAUUCGGUGGUGCCAGUGUGACUAUGCCACACAAGCUCCAUGUUCACAAGUUCUGUAAAGAGCAGACCGAUACUGCACGGCUUAUCGGAGCUAUCAAUACACUUGUUGUCAGAUCAAGCGGCAACCAGCGUGUUAUCAUUGGGGAUAACACAGACUGGUCUGGACUAUACAGCAUCAUCACGAAUUAUGCCGAGGGCAUGAAGGGAGAUCGAAGCCCAAAAGUGGGCCUUGUCAUUGGUGCUGGUGGAGCAUCACGGGCUGCUCUGUACUCUAUGUACCGCUCAGGCCUCCAGCAGACCUAUGUUGUCAAUAGAACACAGGCUAAUGCUGAGCAAAUCAAGGCCAACUUCGCAGAAACAUUCAAUAUCAUUGUCCUUGCCUCUCUCCAGGAUUUGCCAUGUUUACCUGAUAUCAUCAUCGGAACGGUUCCCGCUGAUGUCACGACCGAGGAGCAGUUCUCAUCCAUCUUCAAAACAGAGGGUCUGUGCAUCGACAUGGCUUACAAGCCUAGACAGACUCCUCUCCUUACUGCAGCCCAGAGAAAUAAAGGAUGGAGUACUGUGACCGGCCUUGAGGUAUUGCUAGCUCAGGCAUACGAUCAGUUCCGAUUGUGGACAGACCUAGAAGCUCCGGUAGAGGAGAUGAAGGAAGCUGUCGCUCUGCAUGAAAUUGAGAAAGAAAGAAAGGCCGUAUCAAAUAUACUCUAA